AUGAGGGUUAAACCCAGCAGAGGAUCCAGGGGGAUGAGGGUUAAACCCAGCAGAGGAUCCAGGGGGAUGAGGGUUAAACCCAGCAGAGGAUCCAGGGGGAUGAGGGUUAAACCCAGCAGAGGAUCCAGGGGGAUGAGGGUUAAACCCAGCAGAGGAUCCAGGGGGAUGAGGGUUAAACCCAGCAGAGGAUCCAGGGGGAUGAGGGUUAAACCCAGCAGAGGAUCCAGGGGGAUGAGGGUUAAACCCAGCAGAGGAUCCAGGGGGAUGAGGGUUAAACCCAGCAGAGGAUCCAGGGGGAUGAGGGUUAAACCCAGCAGAGGAUCCAGGGGGAUGAGGGUUAAACCCAGCAGAGGAUCCAGGGGGAUGAGGGUUAAACCCAGCAGAGGAUCCAGGGGGAUGAGGGUAAAACCCAGGAAAUGA